AUGACCUCGUGAUCCACCCACCUCGGCCUCCCAAAGUGGGAUUACAGGCAUGAGCCACCACGCCCGGCCGGAGGAGGGCAUUGCUUCUUAACUGGCAGAAACUUGCUCUGCACCCUGGAAUAUAUUCUGAAAGCUGGGAGCAGUCAGAGGCCUCAAACAAAUAAUCAUAAGAGCUAACAUUUCCUGAGCGCUUACUACAUAACAGGUACUGCCAAGGGCAUUUAAAGUGUUAUCUCACUUUUCACAGCAGUUCCAUAAGGUAAAUCUAUCAUCCCCAUUUUACAGAUGAGGCCACUAAGGCUAAAGAUAAAGUACUUUGCGCAAGAUCAUAGAGCCAGGAAAGAGUGGAGCCAAGAUUUGGACCCAGGCUGGCCAAUUGCUGUGCGCAUGCUCCUUACCCCUCUACUAUAUUGCCUUCCCUCCAAAGGAGAGGUUACCUGUCUCUGCCACCCCCAGCCUGGAAAUGUGACCAGCACCCACAUUGGCUCUCACAUCGUCAUAUUCUCUCCUAAUGCAACUUCUUGUUUGGGAAAUAGAUAUUGCUGAAGCCGGGAUGAUUCAGGAGGGGCUUCUGUGAUGGGCAGGGUGGAGGACUAUGCUGGGGAGGGGUGCUGGGAGAUCGCCAUCUGUUUCUGUCUUGCUGACAGCAUUUUUCCCCUCUCCGCACUGGACAGAGCCUCCUCUGUUCCUCUCCAUCUGACUUCCUGCUUCCUCCUCUGGCUUUGGAGUGCCUGGCUCCUCUGACUACCUCUUCUUAAGCCCCCAUCUCUUCUCUCUCUCACUCCACUUGGCCUCCGGAAUGCUCCCCGCUGCUGGGCAGUGAUCCAGCCCCUGCUGUGUGCCGUAUACAUGCCCAAGUGUGAGAAUGACCGGGUGGAGCUGCCCAGCCGUACCCUCUGCCAGGCCACCAGAGGCCCCUGUGCCAUCGUGGAGAGGGAGCGGGGCUGGCCUGACUUCCUGCGCUGCACUCCUGACCGCUUCCCUGAAGGCUGCACGAAUGAGGUGCAGAACAUCAAGUUCAACAGUUCAGGCCAGUGCGAAGUGCCCUUGGUUCGGACAGACAACCCCAAGAGCUGGUACGAGGACGUGGAGGGCUGCGGCAUCCAGUGCCAGAACCCGCUCUUCACCGAGGCUGAGCACCAGGACAUGCACAGCUACAUCGCGGCCUUUGGGGCCGUCACAGGCCUCUGCACGCUCUUCACCCUGGCCACAUUCGUGGCUGACUGGCGGAACUCGAAUCGCUACCCUGCUGUUAUUCUCUUCUACGUCAAUGCGUGCUUCUUUGUGGGCAGCAUUGGCUGGCUGGCCCAGUUCAUGGAUGGUGCCCGCCGGGAGAUCGUCUGCCGUGCAGAUGGCACCAUGAGGCUUGGGGAGCCCACCUCCAAUGAGACUCUGUCCUGCGUCAUCAUCUUUGUCAUCGUGUACUAUGCCCUGAUGGCUGGCGUGGUUUGGUUUGUGGUUCUCACCUAUGCCUGGCACACUUCCUUCAAAGCCCUAGGCACCACCUACCAGCCUCUCUCGGGCAAGACCUCCUACUUCCACCUGCUCACUUGGUCACUCCCCUUUGUCCUCACUGUGGCAAUCCUUGCUGUGGCGCAGGUGGAUGGGGACUCUGUGAGUGGCAUCUGUUUUGUGGGCUACAAGAACUACCGAUACCGUGCGGGCUUCGUGCUGGCCCCAAUCGGCCUGGUGCUCAUCGUGGGAGGCUACUUCCUCAUCCGAGGAGUCAUGACUCUGUUCUCCAUCAAGAGCAACCACCCGGGGCUGCUGAGUGAGAAGGCUGCCAGCAAGAUCAAUGAGACCAUGCUGCGCCUAGGCAUUUUUGGCUUCCUGGCCUUUGGCUUUGUGCUCAUUACCUUCAGCUGCCACUUCUACGACUUCUUCAACCAGGCUGAGUGGGAGCGCAGCUUCCGGGACUAUGUGCUGUGUCAGGCCAAUGUGACCAUCGGACUGCCCACCAAGAAGCCCAUCCCUGACUGUGAGAUCAAGAAUCGCCCGAGCCUUCUGGUGGAGAAGAUCAACCUGUUUGCCAUGUUUGGAACUGGCAUCGCCAUGAGCACCUGGGUCUGGACCAAGGCCACGCUGCUCAUCUGGAGGCGCACCUGGUGCAGGUUGACUGGGCAGAGUGACGAUGAGCCCAAGCGGAUCAAGAAGAGCAAGAUGAUUGCCAAGGCCUUCUCCAAGCGGCACGAGCUCCUGCAGAACCCAGGCCAGGAGCUGUCCUUCAGCAUGCACACUGUGUCCCACGAUGGGCCUGUGGCGGGCUUGGCCUUUGAUCUUAAUGAGCCCUCAGCUGAUGUCUCCUCUGCCUGGGCCCAGCAUGUCACCAAGAUGGUGGCUCGGAGAGGAGCCAUACUGCCCCAGGAUAUUUCUGUCACCCCUGUGGCAACUCCAGUGCCCCCAGAGGAACAAGCCAACCUGUGGCUGGUUGAGGCAGAGAUCUCCCCAGAACUGCAGAAGCGCCUGGGCCGGAAGAAGAAGAGGAGGAAGAGGAAGAAGGAGGUGUGCCCGCUGGCGCCGCCCCCUGAGCUUCACCCCCCUGCCCCUGCGCCUAGUACCAUUCCUCGACUGCCUCAGCUGCCCCGGCAGAAAUGCCUGGUGGCUGCAGGUGCCUGGGGAGCUGGGGACUCUUGCCGACAGGGAGCGUGGACCCUGGUCUCCAACCCAUUCUGCCCAGAGCCCAGUCCCCCUCAGGAUCCAUUUCUGCCUAGUGCACCAGCCCCCACGGCCUGGGCUCACGGCCGCCGACAGGGCCUGGGGCCCAUUCACUCCCGCACCAACCUGAUGGAGGCAGAACUCAUGGAUGCAGACUCGGACUUCUGAGCCUGCAGAGCAGGACCUAGGACAGGAAAGAGAGGAACCAAUACCUUCAAGGCUCUUCUUCCUCACCGAGCGUGCUUCCCUAGGAUCCCGUCUUCCAGAGAGCCUGUGGGCUGACUGCCCUCCCAGGAGAGUUCUGGAUGUCUGGCUCAAAGCAGCAGGACUGUGGUAAAGAGCCUAACAUCUCCACGGGGAGGCCUCACCCCAGGGACAGGGCCUGGAGCUCAGGGUCCUUGUUUCUGCCCCACCAGCUGCAGCCUGGUUGGCAGCAUCUGCUCCAUCGGGGCAGGGGGUAUGCAGAGCUUGCGGUGGGGCAGGAAUGGUGGAGGCAGAGGUGACAGUUCCCAGAGUGGGCUGUGGUGGCCAGGGAGGCAGCCUAGCCCACGUCUGGCCGAUGAGGGCUGGCUGCCGUUUUCUGGGCUGAUGGGUGUCCUUUCCUGGCAAUCUCAGUGCAAAAGUGUUAAUUUUUUCAUUAGUCCUUUGUCUAAGUAGGGCCAGGGCUCCCUCUUCCUCUCCCAGGUGUUUGUGGGGCUGGAAGGGCCUGCUCCCAUAGGGGCCAUGUCGCUUCUUAAUAGUUGGCCCUACCCCAAACCCAUUUUUUGUUCUCCUGUAUCCUCCUUCCCUUGUUCCACUUCAGUUCAAUUUCAGAGGUGCCAACCUCUUCGCAUUUCUUUUUUUUUGAUGAGGACCCAGAGCUGCUGCACACACUCACCUCCAACCCCCUCCCCUCACUGCUGGGCCCCAUCUCCAUGGGAGAGACUGGUUCAGCUCUAGGGCCUCAGCCUGGAGUGGGAUAGGAGAGGAGAGUAAUGGGGCCUCCGAAAGAUGUGUCAUCUCUUCCUCACACCCAUUCAGUGGGGGAUGGGUCCUCUAGACUUGAGGGGCUGCCCUGGGAAGCUGCUGUAGCUUCAGCCAGGCAAGAAAGCUUCCUUCAACCUGCAUAGCCGGUGGGUGAGAUUCCCACCUUCCAUAGCCUCCAACCAUGUUCCCAAGGCCCCACUUUCAAGAAUCAGACAGCAGGAAGCCAUAGAUGCUGGCUGGGUUCCAGGUUAUGGGGAGAAGAAAUACAGUCAAUAAAAGGUUUUUGUAUAAA